AUGGAGCAAUUCUUCUGUGGCAUGGGUAUCGAGGAUGAUACCACCAAGGUGUUCCGAAAGUACGAAUCCAAUCGGAACGUGGGAAGAGUUCGUGGGAGAACUCAAGGAGCAUUUCUAUCCGAAAAAUGUUGUACUCGAAGCUCGAGCAAAACUAAAGCAAUUGAGACACGAUCGUUCCAUCUUGGAAUAUGUCAAAAACUUAUGGAGAUCAAGAUGCAAAUCCCGGACUUGGGCGAGUUAGAAGGGUACUUUGCAUUCAUGGAUGGAUUACAACGUUGGGACAACAUGGAGAUCCAAAGGAGGGGAGUGACCGAACUCUCCAAGGCGUUAGAUGCAGCCGAGGCCAUCGCCCCGUUUAAGGUAAAGAAGAUCGACUCUCUCCAAUCCAAGUCAAAACCCAAGGGUAAUAGUGGGGGAGAGAAGGCCAAAGGCAACUUUCAUAAGCCAACGGGAAGUCAUGGGAAACCGAAUGAUCGACCCAAAAAGCUCUUCAAUCCUUGGGAGAAGAAGGGGGAAUUAACGUGCUUCAGUUGUGGAGGAAAUCAUAUGAAAAGAGAUUGUCCUCAACUUGUGAAAGUUGCUGCCAUCAAGGAGAACGAUGGGGUAGAGAGUGAGACUCUCAAGCUUGGCUCCAUCUUUCGCACCAUGGAUGUAAAGAAGGGCCGCAAGAAGAAAGGAUUGGUGUAUAGACAUCACCGUCGCAGGCCAAAAGAUGAGCGCACUGGUGGACACAGGUGCCUCAGAAUUGUUCAUGAAACCGGAUCCAUCAAAACCGUGAAUGCCGAAGAAGUUCCAAUUUCGGGGGUCACAAAGGGAAUCGAGAUAACCGUCGGAGGUUGGUCCGGAAAGGAAGCCAUCAAGGUAAUCCCUCCCGAUAAAUUUGACUUUGUUCUUGGGUUAAGUUUUUUGGACCGAAUAAAUGCUUUCCCAGUGCCUUUUGUUGAUUGCUUAUGCAUUCCGGAUCCAAAGCAACAAUGCAUCGUUCCAGUGAGCCGAGGGCCCAGAAUCGAGGCCAAGAUGUUGUCCGCAAUCCAAUUCUCAAAGGGGGUGCGCAAGGAGGAACCCACCUUUAUGGCUUCAUUGGUGGAAACUGAACCCACAAUGACUGAGGAAGUCCCAAGAGAAGUGGGACAAGUAUUGGCGGAAUUCAAAGAUGUAAUGUCUGCCGAGUUACCCAAGAAGUUACCUCCAAAGAGAGAGGUGGAUCACAAGAUUGAGCUUGUGGAGAAUACGAAGCCACCCGCUCGGGCCCCUUACCGAAUGGCUCCGCCCGAAUUAGAGGAGAUGCGCAAACAAUUGAAAGAUCUCCUCGAUGCCGGAUACAUCCGACCAUCCAAGUCCCCCUAUGGUGCACCGGUGCUAUUUCAAAAGAAGCACGAUGGUUCUCUACGGAUGUGCAUAGAUUAUCGAGCUUUAAAUAAGCUCACAGUAAAGAACAAGUAUCCCAUUCCCCUAAUUGCGAACUUGUUUGAUCAGCUUGGUGGUGCAAGGUGGUUCACCAAGCUAGAUUUACGAUCGGGCUAUUACCAAGUCAAGAUAGCCGAAGGAGAUGAACCGAAGACAGCUUGUGUGACCAGGUACGGUUCUUACGAAUACCUUGUGAUGCCUUUUGGCCUCACGAAUGCUCCAGCCACCUUCUGCACAUUGAUGAACAAGGUACUACAACCCUUUCUAGAUCAUUUCGUUGUUGUUUAUCUUGACGAUAUUGUAGUAUACAAUAAGACCUUAGAGGAACACGUUAAACACUUGAGAAGGGUGUUCCAAGUCUUACGAGAGAACGAGCUCUAUGUUAAAGAGGAAAAGUGCUCGUUCGCCAAGAAGGAAGUACCGUUCCUAGGCCAUGUCGUUGGAGGAGGCAAGCUCCAGAUGGACAAGGACAAGAUUCGAGCAAUUGACGAGUGGAAGCCACCCACCAAGGUGACCGAAUUGUGA